AUGAGAACAUUAAGGCAGGUUUCUUUAGUUCUUUCAGGACUUUUUGAACUGGAGAAGUGGCUUAAGUCUCCUGCCAUUAAUUCUAUUCAAACAGGAAGCGGGCAGCAGUCAGUGACAGGAGUUGAAGCUUCAGAUGAUGCUAACAGUUACUGGCGGAUUCGUGGGAAGAGUGAUGGCAGUUGCCAACGCGGAACAGCAGUGAAAUGUGGGCAAGCUAUACGACUUACCCAUGUUAACACAGGAAAAAAUUUACAUACUCAUCACUUCCCAUCACCACUCUCCAAUAAUCAAGAAGUAAGUGCCUUUGGUGAUGAUGGCGAAGGAGAUGACCUUGAUAUAUGGAUUGUGCAAUGCAGUGGGACUUACUGGGAGCGGGAGGAUGCAGUGCGCUUCAAGCACGUAGGAACGGAGGUGUUCCUUUCAAUAACAGGGGAACAGUAUGGCCAUCCCAUUAGAGGCCAACGGGAAGUUCAUGGCAUGCCUACUGCUAAUCAUCACAACUAUUGGAAAGCAAUGGAAGGAGUCUUCAUCAAACCCAGUAUGGACCCUGCAAAACAUGAUGAGCUCUGAUUUGACAGAGGAUCCAAAAUGCUUCAGCUUACUCCAGUGUUCGGAGAUGCUAAUCCUUGGUCUCUUAUAAGUCCCGCCUUGCCUAAGUGACUGACUUUCUGUAUUACUGAAGGGCAUUAGUUCAUUCUGGGAACGCAGCACUUCUGUGGGGAAUGGCAUCUGCCAGGUUCAGCCAUUGAAAUUUAUUUGGCGAAAUCCUUUCUGAAUUUUCAAGCUUAAUUGACGAAACUAGUUCAUACAUCUGUUAGUUUUCAUUGUCAUUUGUUUUGCUUGUUACUUUUUCUCAAAUUCAAAGGAAAUGGAAAAACUGAAGUAAUACAUUUGUGUAGUCCCAAGUACAAUAAAACAUUGUAUUUUGUAAUCUUUUUCCAAUUAUAAUUAAAUAUUUGGAAACUGAUUUCUACUUCUUAGUGAGAGAAUGGUAUUAAUGAGGAGAUGGAGUAAGUCUAGAAAGGGAAAAAUACUCUCAAAUAUGAUGUCUUUUGAAUGGCUUGAAGUCAUCUAUUCAGCCUUCCAGAAAAACGAGUUUCAUUGUGUACUGUAUUGGAAGAGUUGAAAAUAUUGUGUACGUUGGAGUAAGAAGACAGUUUUAAUUUAUUCACUUUCUCCAAGAAGUUCAGAUUUUCUGGUAAUGGUGAUACUGCUAACUGUCAAAUGGUAAGACUGCUCUGCUCUAUGAACUGGUGCAGAAAGCUACUGUUUGUUUAAUUACUAUUAGAAUUUUAUAAAAUUCCAUGUGGUGCGAGGAACAGUUGAAUUUGACUUAUGUUGUACUUGCAUGUCACUCUGCAAGAUCAGUAUGAGAAUCUAGAUGAAUAAAUAGUGGGGC